AUGGCUAGGCAGAAGACAGCAGUCCCAAGGAAGAAAAGUGGUAAUGCUCCUGAUUCAUCUGCAAGGAAGCCUCACCGAUUUAGACCAGGAACUGUUGUCCUUAGAGAGAUAAGACGAUACCAGAAGAGUUUUGAACUGCUCAUCCCAGCGCUUCCAUUUGCUAGACUUGUGAGGGAGGUGACGGCACAUUAUACACUAGAGGUGAAUCGAUGGACUGCUGAAGCUUUAGUAGCUUUGCAAGAGGCAGCUGAGGACUAUAUUGUCCAUCUGUUUGAGGACACAAACUUGUGUGCCAUUCAUGCCAAGCGUGUAACAAUAAUGCCGAAAGACUUGCAUCUUGCAAGACGCCUUCGUGGUGUGCACCGUGACAGGCCUUGGUGA